AUGACAGAGACCAUGCUGCUGGCUUUGAAGAUGGAAGAGGCAGCCAUGAGCAAAGGAAGGCAGGGAGUCUCUGGACGCUGGAAAAGGAAAGACAACGGAUUCCCUAGAGCCUCCAGCAAGGAGGCUGCCAUCACUAAUUCUAAGCCAUGUCAGACUGCCGACCUGCAGAACUACAAGAUAAUACAUUUCUGUACAUCACACACAUCAAAAGCCCAGGAUGCCGGAGAGAGCACGUUCCCGGCUACAUCAGCCCCCAAGCCGCCGGGACGAACGUGGAAAGAAGCAAAUGCUGGCCCCCCAAGCAUAGCUAUUACCAGGAGAAUUAAGAUUCACAACUUUGAUGGGUCCUCUCGCUCGCUCCCUCUAAUACCAGCCCUGCUCAAAAGUCCUGAUCAGUGGUCCCCAGCAUUUUUGGGACCAGGGACCGGUUUCAUGGAAGACAAUCUUUCCACAGAUGGGGCCAGUUCUCCACUCCCGCCUCAAAAGAAGAAACCAAGACCACCUCCUGCUCUGGGACCGGAGGAGACAUCGGCCUCUGCAGGCUUGCCGAAGAAGGGAGAAAAAGAACAGCAAGAAGCGAUUGAACACAUUGAUGAAGUACAAAAUGAAAUAGACAGACUUAAUGAAGAAGCCAGUGAGGAGAUUUUGAAAGUAAAACAGAAAUAUAACAAACUCCGCCAACCAUUUUCUCAGAAGAGGUCAGAAUUGAUCGCCAAAAUCCCAAAUUUUGGGGUAACAACAUUUGUCAACCAUCCACAAGUGUCUGCACUGCUUGGGGAGGAAGACGAAGAGGAACUGCAUUAUUUGACCAGAGUUGAAGUGACAGAAUUUGAAGAUAUUAAAUCAGGUUACAGAAUAGAUUUUUAUUUUGAUGAAAAUCCUUACUUUGAAAAUAAAGUUCUCACCAAAGAAUUUCAUCUGAAUGAGAGUGGUGAUCCAUCUUCAAAGUCCACCGAAAUCAAAUGGAAAUCUGGAAAGGAUUUGACGAAACGUUCAAGUCAAACACAGAAUAAAGCCAGCAGGAAGAGGCGGCAUGAGGAACCAGAGAGCUUCUUUACCUGGUUUACUGACCAUUCUGAUGCAGGUGCUGAUGAGUUAGGAGAGGUCAUCAAAGGUGAUAUUUGGCCAAACCCAUUACAGUACUACUUGGUUCCCGAUAUGGAUGAUGAAGGAGAAGGAGAAGAAGAUGAUGAUGAUGAUGAAGAGGAGGAAGGAUUAGAAGAUAUUGAUGAAGAAGGGGAUGAGGAUGAAGGUGAAGAAGAUGAAGAUGAUGAUGAAGGGGAGGAAGGAGAGGAGGAUGAAGGAGAAGAUGACUAAAUAGAACACUGAUGGAUUCCAACCUUCCUUUUUUUAAAUUUUCUCCAGUCCCUGGGAGCAAAUUGCAGUCUUUUUUUUUUUUUUUUUGUCUUUUUUUUUU